AUACAUGUCCUAUCGUAUCUGGCUCCUAUGUACGCUCCACCCUAGCCCGUACUCGCCUACUUCCCCCGUCCACUACCCCCGUGGACGUGACCAGGCUGCCCCAUCCACCAAGCCGGACGCAGUUCAAAUUUCGAAUCUCAUCAGGCUGCCCAUCCACCAAGCCAGCCGCCCCUGGAUCUCAGAUCUCGUGAGGCCAUUACGAUUCAGGAAUGAAUCGCGGUUGCGCGUCAUUCACGGAUCUCCUCUUCAGUUUUUGUUCCCAACCGGUCGCAGCCGAGGGCGUCCCAGAUCCGGCAUUGCUAGAGGAAGGGGAGGGAGACGACGAGUGCGGGGGUGGAGGGGAUUAUGGUGUUAAUGACUCUCCUUACUCAAGUUCUGCAUCUCAAGUUCAUGAAGCCACGGAAGAUUUUCUCAAUGUCCCAGAUUGUGACAACACCAACAGUUACCAGGAGCCUCCAUCUGAAUCCCAGCGCACUCCAAUGCCGUGGCCUCAAAGGAUCCGUCUUGGUAAGAUACCUGACCGCCGCGCCUCAUUGUCGGGAAGGAAAAGUGCUUUGGAGAAGGCCAUGAGAAACUUUGCAGAUAAGAAGUCAGGUAUCGUUGUCAAGCCGGAGAUCAGUCAGGAAUUUGACUCUCUCGACGAAGCGUACGACUUCUACAACCUAUACUCUUGGGAGACUGGUUUUGGCAUCAAGUAUGGGCAAUGCAGAAGAAAUGUUGACAAGUGCAAGAUUGUCCAGGACAUAGUAUGUGGAUGCGCGGGGAAACCACGUAGGGAGAAUUCACAUUCAGUAUGCUGCCAAUGUCCUGCACUUAUAAGGUUGCAUCGCACAUCAGACCAUGGCUGGUUCAUUCAUGACAUGAAGUAUCAGGGGAAACCACGUAGGGAGAAUUCACAUUCAGUAUGCUGCCAAUGUCCUGCACUUAUGAGGUUGCAUCGCACAUCAGACCAUGGCUGGUUCAUCCAUGACAUGAAGUAUGAGGUUGCAGCCGGCAUCGUCUAUGAACAACUUUGUUAGGCAGUACCAGAAAAUAUUGUUCGACCGCCAAUCAGAGGAAGAUUUUCAAGAGAAGAAGACUCGUGUGGGUGGAUUUGUUUUUAACCUUGGAGUGCCACUAGAAUACCAUGCGAGCAAGGUCUAUACUGCAGCUAUGUAUGAGCUGUUUCAACACGCAAUUUACUUGUCAGGGUCAUAUGUGUUACAAGAGGCAUGUCGGACAGAGCUAGGUGUGGUGUACGUCGUUAACCACAUCUAUGCAGAGAGGAGGCAAGCUUGGUCCAGGACACAAUAUCAUGUUCUGUUUGAUCAGGAAUCUGGAGGAUAUUUAUGUGAGUGUGGUCUUUACUCACACAUGGGCAUGUUGUGUUGCCAUGCUAUCCGGGUCAUGCUAAAUCUGGGAGUUAGGGAGAUCCCUCAUGUACACAUCAUGAAGAGAUGGACAAAGAACGCUUGUGAGAACCUGCCAGAGCAUCUGAAGAUAUAUCAAGCAGGCAAUUCUGCACUGAAGGACGCAACUUACCGACACUCCAGCUUGUACAGUAAGGCGCUCGAGAUUGUACAGAUGGGGGAUAAGAACACCGAAGCUUAUGGAGCUGCAAUGAAGCAGUUACUAGAUGCAAUAAGUGUUCUAAACGAUACCAACCAGGAGAGUGAUGGGCUAGGAUUACAUGAUCAGGCAGCGGCUCCAGUCCAUGACCAAGAUACGCCUAUUACACCAGGAGCAAACAAACUGUCAGGAUCGAUGAAUGUUGUAUCAUGCAAGAGGGAUCGAGGCAGGCCAACAAAUGCAAGAGCAAAGCCAGGUUAUGAAAAUGUCAGUAAACCAAGAACAAAGUUUUGCUCUAUUUGUAGAGGGAGGGGUCAUAAAGCAUCUAAAUGCCCCUCAUAUGGAGGCGCAACAAAGAAGCAAAGGAAAGUCCCGAAAUGUACCAAGUGCGGCCUGGAAGGCCAUAAGAGGAACAACUGCUCUGGAAGUUUGUUCGGCGUCUUCCAAUGAGAAUAUCAUGUUGGAGAUAGCACUGCCCACGGAAUUUGUGAUAUGCCUGGCUUGUGCUUUUUUUUUGCUAGCGAAGGUCUCGUUGUGCUGUUGACAAAUAUGAAAAUUCAUAUUUCCAUGGAACAAUCAGGUUUUUUUGUGGCCAAGUAGUGAACAUGUUUAAUUCAAGACAUGUAAACUUGGCAAUGUUACAGGGAUGUGUAAAGUCUGCCAUUGUACUGAUGUGAGUACAAAGUGCAACUAAAAAUAUGAAUUGGAUGUUCGUUUAUGACAAAAAUUCAUAUGAUUUUUA